AUGGCUUGUAUAUGGGAAGAGAGCAAUGGACACUGUUUAUCUGGACUCCUGGAAGACUUUAACACUGAGAUCCUCCUAGAUAAAUUUUUGAUGCAUGGGCUGAUGAAUUAUUCAGAAGCUGUUCCUGGUAUCCCCACUUCAUAUGCUGCUAUCCUAAGAAUUAAAUCUGGUAGUUCACCUUUAGCCUCAUUUAAUUCAAAGAACAGACCUCGUUUAAGCAGUCCUUCAUUAGGAAGUCUGUCUUCACCAGGCUGGAGAGGAGCUGCACAACAAUAUCACUCCCCAACAAAUCUUUACCACUUUUCAGAAGCCUUCAAACAUGAUGAAAGUGUUGACUACGGGCCAGUGUUUGUACAAGAGCCAGAUGACGUAAUCUUUCCAACUGAUUCUGAGGAGAAGAAAGUAUCUCUGAAUUGUCAGGCUCGUGGAAAUCCUACUCCCACAUACAGAUGGCUUCGAAAUGGAACUGAAAUCGACAUUGAAAGUGAUUAUCGCUUCAGUUUAAUAGAAGGAAGCUUGAUCAUCAACAACCCCAGUGAAAUGAAGGAUUCUGGACAAUAUCAGUGCUUAACCACCAACACAUUUGGCAGUAUUUUAAGCAGAGAGGCUGUUCUUCAGUUUGCAUAUCUGGGGAAUUUUAGUGGUCGGACAAGAAGUGCUGUCUCUGUACGUGAAGGUCAAGGAGUGGUUCUGAUGUGCUCCCCUCCACUUCAUUCACCAGAGAUCAUCUAUAGCUGGGUUUUUAAUGAAUUCCCGUCUUUUGUGGCAGAAGAUAGCAGACGCUUCAUCUCUCAGGAGACAGGAAAUCUCUACAUCUCCAAGGUGCAAACAUCUGAUGUUGGCAGCUACAUAUGCCUGGUAAAAAACACAGUGACAAAUGCCAGAGUUUUGAGUCCUCCUACUCCUCUGACACUAAGAAAUGAUGGUGUGAUGGGGGAAUAUGAACCAAAAAUCGAAGUCCAUUUUCCUUACACAGUUACAGCUGCAAGGGGAGCUACUGUUAAGAUGGAGUGUUUUGCACUUGGCAACCCUGUUCCAACAAUCUCUUGGAGGAAAGUUAAUGGCCAUAAUCCAAGUAAAGCGCGCCUGAGAAAAUCCCAAGCUGUGCUUGAAAUACCUAAUGUGCAGCUAGAGGACGCAGGGAUGUAUGAAUGUAAAGCUGAAAAUUCACGUGGAAGAAACGUCUUCAGAGGACAACUGCAGGUGUACACCUACCCAAAUUGGGUGGAGAAACUGAAUGAUACUCAGUUAGACAGUGGAGAUCAGCUCCGAUGGGAAUGCAAAGCCACCGGAAAGCCAAGGCCCACAUAUCGUUGGCUAAAAAAUGGAGUUCCUCUCUGGCCACAGAACAGAAUUGAGAUGGUUAAUGGUGUUCUGAUGAUCCACAAUGUCAAUCUCUCAGAUGCUGGCAUGUAUCAGUGCUUAGCAGAAAACAAGUAUGGUACCACUUAUGCCAGUGCCGAGCUAAAGAUUUUAGCUUCAGCUCCCACGUUCCCACUAAAUCAAAUGAGGAAAACAAUAAUUAUUACCAAAGGCCAGGAAGUUGUCAUUGAGUGCAAACCAGAAGCCUCUCCAAAGCCAACUAUCACUUGGAAGAAAGGAGAUAAAGCACUAAAGGAAAGUAAGAG